AUGCUGCCGCCCGUCGCGAUCCUGACGACUGCCUGUUUCUCGGCGCUCGCCCCGGCCACGCUCAACGGCCUCAGAAUCGACACCUCUCCGCUCGUCACGCCGGUGCGUGUCGGGCGGCCGCUCCUCGCCCUCGUUGAAGUGAGUGAGGCGUGCGCGGCGGCGCAGCGAGAGGCCUACUUCUCGUUGAUGCCGAGUAAGGCGCUACCAAAGACGUCGCUCGACCUGCGAGCGUGGGCGCCCAAGGACAAGGACAGCGUCGAGGCGGGCGUGUUUGCGAGGCAAACGAGCACCGUCCCGCAUUGGAGCAACAUCGGCGUGGUCGCGUGUGAGUCCGUGAGCGACUUGGCGGCGGCGGUGGCGAAGCAGCGACCACUCAUCGAGCGCUGGGCGUACGAGUGCCUCAACGAUUUCGAGACGAACCGGCUGUGGAUCGAUCUCGCCGAGCCCGUGGAGCUCGCCUGGGCCAUUCGCCCGCCAGCGCCCUCGCUGCUAGAGUCGCUGAUGGGCGCCAAGGCCGAGGAGCCGAUGCUCAGUGUGGUGCCGCGUGAGGAGCCCUUUGAUGAUCUGCUGCGCUGCGGCUUUCUCGGAAAGCUCAGCCGCGAUUACCGCGGUGGCGGCGUGAGCGCGCGAGCGGAGCGGAUAGUCAUCGGCAAGGAGCCCGAGACGCCGGCGCGGCGGAAGAGCCAGGAGCAGUUUGACAAGGUUUACGACAAGAAGAAGGAACAGAACGCUGCCGGCGGCCGCGGCCGAGUGAGGUAA